GAUCGUAGUAAUCUUUUCGUUAGCAGUUUCGGCAGUCAGCUUUUUACUUCUACAAUUUUCCGAACUUACCCCAAAAAUGUGUUCUAAGAGUGAUAAAGCUGUCUCCGUGUUUUUGGGUGGAUGGAACCUGGUCCUCGGCCCGACUUGCUUACUCAUUUCCAUCAUCUGCAUAAGCAAACGCAAAUCGACGAAAGGACUUAGCAUCUACGAUCCCGACUAUGCCUGGUUCUUGUAUUGUUGUGUCCUGUUUGUUACCUCGAUCCUGCACAUACUGAGUGGGAUAUUGAUCCUGUUUGGCAUAUCGAGGAUGAACAGCAAAAUGCUCUUGGUGGGCCUUAUUCUGAGCAUUUUCAUGCCCUUUGCGCUGCUCUUCACUAUCGUUAUACCAGUUUUGCAGUUCUUUUGCCUGAUCCGAGGGAUUAGAUACUACAGAUCCAAGUGGGAGUCUAGCGAAAUCUAGAUCAUGGAACACUUGUUGGAAACUCAAACCCUAAACCCCAAAUUAUCUGUGUGAUUGAAGAACGACAAGCCCUCUCUCCCGAUCUUAGUAUACUUUUAGAAACAACUAACAAUCAGACAAAAUUGGUCAAAAUGUGUUGUCAAGUCUGUGACAAGUGGAAAGUAAUAUCGAUAUUUUUCGGAGCA